AUGACGUUUGGGUGGUUAGUUGAUGGGGUUUUUCGUAAGGUGGAUGAAAGGGGUCGCAGUAUAAAGGAUUUUUUUCAAGAAGAAAUUGCCAACAAUCAUGACUAUAGUAGUCUGGCGCGCGCGACACUACCUGGCUUAAUGGAAUACGCCCGCGAUGUGCUGCUGGAUUUUCGGAUGAUUGCUAUGCUCGUUCUCAUGGCAAUCGCCGCAAUCACCGGCAUCAAAACCUCGAACCCAUUCUUCUUGAAUACUGUGGCACUAAACGAUCCCGACAUUAUUGGACUAAAUAUGCCGGCAAUCACUGGUGUCGGAGAUGCUCACAGCUUAGCAAAAUUGUUUUCACUGGCAACUGAUGGGACGCUGUUAAGCAAUCGAACACUUUCACAGAUGAAAGUGCCAACAAUAGCCAACUGGCACAUCGAACAAGUGCUCCUGUAUCCAAUCAUGAAAGGCCGAGGAUUUCUCUUCGAGAACCAUCCAACCAAACAUAUGAAAGUGCCAACAAUAGCCAACUGGCACAUCGAACAAGUGCUCCUUUAUCCGAUCAUGAAAGGCCGAGGAUUUCUCUUCGAGAAACAUCCAACCAAACAUCUGACACUAUGGGACGCGACCCACAGAUGA